UUUGACAAAUUGAGCCAUUGCCUGGCCAAUAGCAUCUUUGGGCAUGGUUUUAAAUGAUCAUUUCUGAAAUGAUUUUUACUGAAUUCACAAUCGUAAUUACUGGCUGCUUAGAAGAGUUGAAGUAGUAUAGAAGGCACAAAGUUUGAACAUGGGGAAAUCAAGUCUUGCCUUAACCUCAGUGUGCUGCUCUAGUAGUCAAUGGGCUGGAGGGGACCCUUACCUGCCUUCAGCCACUCCUAUCCUGACCUCUGACAGAAAUCCUGGCAACUAUUCAAGGAGUCUGUGGCUAUCUUCUCAAUGGGAUGAUAGCUUUUGGUCAACUGUUUAUAAAAUUACUAAUUUUAAAGCUCUUGAAAUAUUAUUAGCGUUUGGUCAUCAACUCCAAUAGAUAAACCCCUACUUCCUCUUCCCCACACAUUGCCAUCUAAAGAAGGCAGAUCAUUGGGGGAUGUUGUCUAAGAUGUGUAGCUGAAAAUAGAUUUUGGAGAAAUCUUUUAAAAACCAUUCACAGUAGAAAACUAAAGAGUCCUGUAAAAUAUUCCUGUCUCUGAUAAGCUAUGAAAAUAAUACUGGUUUGGUAAGGCCCACCAAGACCAUCACUAUGACCGAUGGGGACUAUGAUUAUCUGAUCAAACUCCUGGCCCUUGGAGAUUCGGGGGUGGGGAAGACGACAUUUCUUUAUCGAUACACGGACAAUAAAUUCAACCCCAAGUUCAUUACAACAGUAGGAAUAGACUUUCGGGAAAAACGUGUGGUUUAUAAUACCCAGGGACCAAAUGGCUCCUCAGGGAAAGCAUUUAAAGUGCAUCUCCAGCUCUGGGACACUGCCGGACAAGAGCGAUUCCGGAGCCUCACCACUGCAUUUUUCAGAGAUGCCAUGGGGUUCUUAUUAAUGUUUGACCUCACCAGUCAACAGAGCUUCUUAAAUGUCAGAAACUGGAUGAGCCAACUGCAAGCAAAUGCUUAUUGUGAAAAUCCAGAUAUAGUAUUAAUUGGCAACAAAGCAGACCUGCCAGACCAGAGGGAAGUCAAUGAAAGGCAAGCCCGGGAGCUGGCUGACAAAUACGGUAUACCAUAUUUUGAAACGAGUGCUGCAACUGGCCAGAAUGUGGAGAAAGCUGUGGAAACCCUUCUGGACUUAAUCAUGAAGCGGAUGGAACAGUGUGUAGAGAAGACACAAGUUCCCGACACAGUCAAUGGUGGAGACUCUGGAAAGCUAGAUGGGGAAAAACCAGCAGAGAAGAAAUGCGGCUGCUAGACACUUCGUAGGAACUGAUCAUCAAAAACCCCACCCAAAUAUUACUUCUAAAAAACAGCGACAAACCACAAAAUUGUUUUUGAGUAGACCAUGCAUAAUGGCAUGUCUUUCUUUUUCUGCCAGAAAAAUCUAUUUUAAGAAACCAGAAUAGUCAACAGUGUUCAAAAGAAUUCAAACAAGAUCAGAGAUUUCCUAAUGUGCUCUCACGGUCAUGGAUGCACAAUUUUGGAGGGUUGUUUUUUUGUUUUUGUUUUGGUUUUUGGUUUUUUUUGGUGAAGAAGAUGAGUAUAUAAGAAAGUAUUCAAGAUGGUAUCAGUGAGUUUUAAAUCACAACAAAAAUGACCAUGUCACGUGGGAGAAAAGAAUAGGCCACGAAAGGGAGAAUAUAGAAAGACGAUUUUUUUUUUUUUUAAAGAUUGGAUUUACUUCUUAAGUAGAAUUUGAUUUGUACUUUUAGUUUUGUAUUCUUGGAACAUAUUAGCUAAAAAUGGGUACACAAGGAACAAUUCUAAACGGAUCACUAAUAAUGACAUUACUAUGUCCACCCAACAAGCUGUCCUAGGGUGACUCAAGCACUGGUAAGGUUAUGAGAUUAUAGAUCAGACUUCUGUUAAAAUGUGGGAGAUUGUGCAUUAAUGUCAUUUUUCUAUUCUUAAUAAAUGGCUGAUAGACAAGAACAGGACUGUGAAUGACAAAGUACAAGAGAAAUGGCCUAAGAGAAAAAAGAAAGUAUGAAAAUAUGGCAUUUGGACAAAUGAAAUUAAAUGUGUCUGUUACAGAAGUCUGGAAGGAUCAUUUAGCCAAAUUUCCCUCAAGCUAAUUAGAAGUUUGACAUUAUCAGUUGGGAUUAAGAGAAUCUCCAGAGGUUUCCCUUUCCAACAAAAUUUUGGAAAUCAGUUCAGUGUUCAGUUUCACAUUUCAUUUUUCUUAGUAAAUGGUCCCAAGGGGAAAUUAAAGAUGGUCAUUUAUUAAAUAUGUCUUUAAAAAUGCAGUCGAGGAAAAGUAUUUAGCCUUAAUUGUUUUUAGAUAAAAUAUGUUGGUGAUAUGAAAACAAAAGUGACAAAUAAUUGUGGGUUUCUUUUUAAUUUAUAAAAGCACUGGAAACUCUAAAUCACACUUCUACUCUCCACACCCACGCUGACUUUUGAAUCAAUUGCAAAAAUUAUAGGUGUGUCACUUUGUAGAUCAACAACUUCAGGAUGAUGGAUUAAUUUUAUGGUCACUCUUGAGUUUUCAUGUCAUUCAUCACAUAAAAAUUAAUGAUACCUCAUGCCAUAUUACAAUAUAUUUCACAUUUGUUUUCAUCUGCCUGAGGCAGAAUACCCACAUCUGAACUAUAUUUGGGGACAGGGCAGGAGUGGAUCUGUAUCUUUUCUCCAAAAAUUUGGUUAAUUGCUUUAUUUUUUCAUAUAAAACUGCCUUUUCUUUUUAAAAAUCAUUACAAAAGUAUUUUCCAUUGGCUGGUUCUUAUUACAGUGCCUAAACUGAUAUUACAUUGUUUUCUUAAUCUUUGUUUUUGAUAAGCAUAAGCAACUCCUAUUAAAUUGUUCUUUAAAUAUUUCCAUUUCAUCAAUAACAAAGGCAUCAUGCUUCAAUUUCUCUUUUUAUCAUGACUAUAUAAUUUUGAUAAGAUGGUACUUCUUUCUGUGAAAUUUCGCCAAUUAAACUUCAUUUUUCCAUACUCUGGCCAUAUUUUUAAAUUAUAAACAUUAGAAAACCAAAACCCAAACCCCCAUUCUCCUUAGCCUUGAACCUCUCUGUACAGUCUAAAUCUGGUAUAGAAUUCAUAUUAGGAACACAGAUCCGAGAGAUUGUCUACAGUGUUCUUACAAAAUUCUCAGUGUGAACUUCUCAGUUCUUCUGACUUCGGAAGCAUGAUGCCAGCUUCUAAGUUCCAUUGUGCUUGGGUAUUCCCUCCAAUGCUGUUUUUCUCUGUGAUGUGCUUCAUGACCUCAGUGCCUGAGCCAUGAGGAUUAAAAACUUUCAGCCAACACCUGAGAUAUUUUGACUGAAAGGAAAGUGAGCAGAAACACUCUAAUCAAUGCUGUGGCAAAAUCUGGUAAACUUCUAUGGCUAUUUAAUCAACUCGCCUUUGGAUUCAAAUUGUGAUGUCUCUGGCAUUCCCAUGAUAGGGAAUGCUGAGCCUUUAUGAAAUCCUAAAGGUAUUCUAUUUUGGAUUUUUUUGUUUCUCUCUUUUUCCAGUUCUAUGACUGACUGACUGACUUUUGCCAAGAUUCUGUCAUUGCUAGUUAUUUGACAGGCAUUUAUUUCAGGGUCUAUUUUAAGAUCAUUAUUUGAUAGCCGUAGCAUGAAGCAGAGAGUGAUGAUGCCUUUAAUUAUAGAAUUCUGCCUAUAAAAAUAACAAUUAUUGGGCAACAAUCUUAAGAGGCAUGAAAUUUAAAGAAGACAAGAAAAGUAAUUUAAAGUUGUAUUCUCUAAUAAAUAAAUACUUGAUCUGAGAAAAUAUUUUCUCUGUCAAGUUUGACAUCUGAUCCCAAAUUCUAUGUCACCAUUACAGGAAAUUCCUUUACUUAUUAUUACAGAAUUAAUUAUUAUGUAGAAUUCAUUUUACAGGUUCAAGCUGAGUUGGGAACAUGAAGUAUACAGACAGGCUUAAAGAAUGACAUACCUCCUUUAACCCAAAACAGCAUGAAUUUUUAGCCAAGAUGUAUCCUGUUAUUUGUUAUCUCCCAAAUGCUUUGGUAAACUAUAUUGUAUUGGGGGGAAAUAUUUAAAAUGUACAUGAAAUUCCUCUCUGAUAUAGAAAUAAUUUCUGGAGUGCUUACACUAGUUUGAUGUUUACAUUGCUCUAACACAGUGCCUCGAAUACCUCUAUGACCAAAUUUGUCUCCAGCCACACAGCUCAUUUCCUAUCGUAUCCUAUUUGAGGAAGGCCUCAGUGAGACACUAAUGCAGCUAAAGGCACUCUGAUAUCUUCAGCAAGGGGACAGGAUGUUAUUAGAAUCUGGAGAUAAUUACCACCAUCUCCAAGUCUCCUAAGCCUCUCACAGAGUGGAAGUGGGCAUUGCUUGAAACUCAACUGUGAGUGAGCACAAGGUUACCUUUUGAUACAAAAAAAGAAAACUCCUUUGAAAAAUGUACCAAAAAAUAGCUGAGAAAACGUGUUUGUCUUGAUAUGACAAGGGUCACAAGUCACGAAUUGGCAGAAAAUGGUAGGAACUGAGCUUGUGGGUCUCUACAUAAGUUUUAGAAUUCUUGCAAGUCACCACUCAAGUUGAUUUGCUAUCAUUUCCAUAGUAUCAGCUACACACUGCAAAAAACUCAAAACCAGCCUUUUCUGAAGUAAAUACUUCAUCUGUUGUUUUUCACCAGAAGGCCCAUUCGAUGUAUCAGUAGGUGUCUUUGUUAUGCUUUCUAGCAUACGUAUGCUCUGCCAACCUGUACAGGUAAAAUGAACUGGGCAAGAGUUUUAAUCAGACCUUUCUUAUCUCCUCUGUAAGAGAGAGAAGCUUGACCAUAGAGAAGCACAUCACUAUAUAAACAAUAAAUUAUUACAGCCAAAAUAUUUUACAAACUGUAAAUUGAAUUGCCUGGAAAUCAACAAGUUUGAUCAAGCUUAUAUUUACACUCAUCAGCUAGAAAGAGAAGCAAUAUGUGUCACAGUGACUAGGUCUACUGGAAACCCAGAACCAGUGUCCAUGACACAAGAUUAUUCACUGUUCUGUAUCUCUGUUCACUUUAAAAGAAGGGUACAUGUGCUUUCCUCAGUGUGUACCAUAGUAAAACAUUGAGGGAAAAUUCUCAUCAACAAAGAAUCUUGGAGUCAUAAUCUCAAACUUAAACUAAAGAAUAAUAUUGAAGUUUCUGUUUUCCUGAGAUAUUAACUCUUCAAAAGAGAGAUCUGAGAGUUGAUGUUAGCCAAAGGGAGGGACAAGUUGUCUUUCACUCUAUAUCACCAAGCUUUAAAGCAUUAAAAAAAAAAAAAAAAAAAAA